AUGGCAAGCACCGAACAAGCGGGUAAUUACAAGCAGGGCUAUUCUAGCCAAACUGUCGCAACCCAACAAACUCGCACAGCUGAGUCGGAGGCUGCCUUUUUACUGCCAUACAUCAAACGGACAGACUUCAUUCUCGAUGUCGGCUGCGGUCCUGGUACUAUUACCGCGGGCUUUGUCAAAUACGCUAGUGAAGGAAGGACCGUCGGCGUUGAUAUGUCGGCAAAGGUCUUAGGCAGGGCCAAGGCAGUGGCCGAUGAUUCCGGCAUUCCUAAAGAGGGGCCAGGCUCCAUUAUUUUCGAGGAAGGCAAUGUCCUGGAAGGGCUCACGUACUCAGACAAUACGUUCGACGUCAUAUUCUGCUCUCAUACCUUUGGGUAUAUGCCGCCACCAGACAUGCCUCUUAAGGCACUCACCGAGAUGCGACGAGUACUGAAACCCGGAGGAAUCUUAGCCACGCGUGAUACCGUCGAACAGCACUUUUACCCGCGGAGCGUGGACCUCGACCGUCUCUGGGUGGGGAAUUUUCGCCGAGCGGUGCUCAAAGGGGAUACUGAAGCAGAUCUUUCACCGCCUUUUAUGCCGGCUUUGUUUCGUCGUGCGGGUUUCGAUGCCGACGGGGGCAAGGUUCGUAUCGGCACCGGAAGUACGGCGUUCUCGGGAGCAGAUACUCGGCAGUGGCUAGCCAAGCGUGCUGAGAGCCAGUUACAGCCCGGCGACCCCUUACACCAGAGCUGGCUGGAGGCUGGCAUCACCGAAGACGAGAUACACGAGACGCUGCACGCCUCGAGAAGAUGGGCCGAGAUGGAGGAUGCUUGGUAUGCGGCAUUGCAUUGCGAGAUGCUCGCAUGGAAGUAG